AUGUGUAUGAGUACUGCGCAAUACACGGCCCGUUACUUGUUAUACCCGAUGACAAGGGGCGGGAAUAGGCGUGUUCAGCACGCUGACGCUGCCCAGCGGCGUGCGCUUCGGGCCCUACCGCGGCCGCCGCCUCAAGACCGCGCUCGACUCCGGAUACGAAUGGCAGCUGUACGACCGCAACAACAGGCCGAGCCACGUGGUGGACGCGAGCGACGGCAACAACUCCAACUGGAUGCGCUACGUGAACUGCGCGCGGCGCUACUCCGAGCAGAAUCUGGUCGCCUUCCAGUACCAGGGCGAGCUCUACUACAGGCGAGUGCUCGAAGUAUUGUACUCUUUAUAGUAUUUAUUCAGACGGUGAAGAUCGUGCCGCGCUUCACGGAGCUGCUGGUGUUCUACGGCAGCGAGUUCGCAAACCGGCUCGGCGUCGACCUGCGCCGCUACACCAAACCCUGCGACUGCGAAUACUGCCAAGAACGACCUGGUGCCAAAAAGGAACCAGAGAAAAUAAACAAAGGAAAUACGUCGAAUGAAAAGAAGAACGAAACAGAUAUUAAAGAUGAUAGUUCAGGACAAGCUAAACUUGACACUAAAAAAGAAUCUGCGAAAAGAAAGAAACGUAAAACGCGUAAUGAAAAUAAGAAAGAGACAAGAGAUGUUAGUUCAGGUCAACCUAAACUUGUCACCGAAACGACAAGACAAACAAACGCGAAGACAAACAAACGUAAAAUGCGUAACGAAAAGAAGGAAGAAACCCAGAUAAAUGAUAGUGUCACAAAAGAUAGUCAAGUCGAAAAGAUACAAGAGCCAUCUUCGUCUCAAGCGGAAUCACCAAUGAGCAUGGAUGUACAAGAGAUACCUCCUACAAAACCUGCUGUAAAUGGAUCCUCUAACACAACGGUAUCGAAUGCGAAUAACUACAAAUGUGACCAGUGUGUCAAAACGUUCGAUAUAAAGUCAGACUUAGAGAAACACGUACACUCUCACAUUGCAUUGGUAGAUACUAACAGCUUAAGUUCAAGGAAGGAAUUUACGUGUAAAAAAUGCAGUAGCACAUUUGAUACUCGGCUGCUUCUACUGGAGCAUGCGAAGAGCCGGCAUGGCGUGAAGUACUUCAUUUGCUCUGAAUGUGAGUAUGCAACUAGUAAGAAAGGAAAUUUACAGACACAUUCGAGAACUCAUAGUGGCGAGCGGCCAUUCAAAUGUGGUCAGUGUAGCGCCGCCUUUUCCCGCAGCAGUACUUUACAAAAUCACAAGAGAACACACACUGGAGAUAAACCGUUUAAGUGUGGACAAUGUAAUGCCGCCUUUGCCGAUUGCAGUAAUUUACAAACUCACAAGAGAACACACACUGGAGAUAAACCGUUCAAGUGUGGACAGUGUAAUGCCACCUUUAUCCAAAGCAGUAAUUUACAAAGUCACAGGAGAACACACACUGGUCAGAAACCCUACGAGUGCAAUAUCUGUGACUACAAGACUACUCAGUCAUGUAAUCUAAAGACUCAUCUAAUGGCCCGGCACUCGGGCCAAAAGCCGUACUGCUGCGAUUCGUGCACUUACAGGGGUGCUACUAGAAGUCAUUUAUGGAGUCACAUGAAAACCCACCAGAAGCCGGCUUAGCUUUGCUGUUUGUUUAUAAUACUGCAGCUGUUGUGUACACAUUUUAUUUUCUAAGAUGUUAAUGCUAUAUUGUUUAGUAAUUGUUUUAUUACAACGAUCUCUACUAUAGUCAUAAUGAUGACGAUAUGUAGGUAGGUAGUUGUAAUAUCGUCGGAUGACAAGCAAAAGUCACUAAGUACUACCAAAAAAUUAAAGUAACAAUGCACUUUUACACUUGUAACGCGGUUUAUUGUCCAAUAAUUUCAAUGGUGUAGUUAGUGACUUUUGCUUGUCACCCGACGAUAUAGAGUAUAGUUUUUUAACGAUAGA